CACUUAAGAUUCUUGCGAGACCUUACAAAAUACAACACCUGGUGUUCACUCUCAAGAUCAAAAUGAUCGUCGGAAAAGAGAAAACGCCGAUGGAGCAAGACAACGCCGUCGCUACUACCGUCGAGAGUGAGAGCCAAAACAAAGCGAGACUAGCCAUUGUUGAGCUUGCUAACAUGAUCAGCGUUCCGAUGUCCCUCAACGCCAUAGUCCACCUCAACGUCGCCGACGCCAUCUGGCAAGCAGGUUCCAACUCUCCGCUCUCCGCCUCCGAGAUCCUCACACGUGUAGUUCCGUCCGGCGGAGACGCCGAUAAUCUCGAGCGCAUCUUACGUAUGCUCACUAGCUACGGUGUUUUCGAGGAACAUCUCAGCCCUAACUCAUCUAACCGCAGGUAUUCCCUCACCGACGUCGGAAAAACUCUUGUCACCGAUUCCGAUGGCCUCUCCUACGCGCCGUACGUGCUUCAGCAUCAUCAGGACGCGCUUAUGAGAGCGUGGCCUAGAGUACACGAGGCUGCGAUUGAUCCGACGACGGAGCCGUUCGUUAGAGCGAACGGCGAACCGGCGUACAGUUACUAUGGGAAGAAGGCAGAGAUGAACGAAUUGAUGCAGAGAGCGAUGGCCGGCGUAUCGGUACCGUUCAUGAAAGCUGUAUUGGACGGCUACGAUGGCUUCGAAGGAGUUGAGAAAUUGGUCGACGUCGGUGGAAGUGCCGGCGAUUGCUUGCGGAUGAUUUUACAGAAACAUCCUCCCAUUAAGGAAGGGAUCAACUUCGAUCUGCCGGAGGUGGUUGCUAGGGCUCCGAGCAUCCCCGGGGUGAGUCACGUUGGAGGAGAUAUGUUCAAGUCCAUCCCGACUGGUGAUGCUAUUUUCAUGAAGUGGGUUUUAUCUACGUGGACGGACGAUGAAUGCAAAAUUAUAUUGGAGAAUUGCUGCAAGUCUCUUCCGGCGGGAGGAAAAUUGAUCGCCUGUGAGCCGACAUUGCCGGAGAAGACGGAUGACAGUCAUCGGACACGUGCUCUUUUGGCCAACGACGUAUUCAUUAUGACCAUUUACAAGGCCAAAAGUAAGCAACGAACUGAAGAGCAGUUCCGACAACUCGGCCUCUCCGCUGGCUUCUCCGCCCUCCGACCAUUCCAUAUCGAUUAUUUCUACUGUCUGUUGGAAUUUCAAAAGUGAAGGUUUUACAACUUUUUCUUUUUUCUUUUUUCUUUUUUUGGCAUGAAUUUAUCUUACUGUUUUCAAUGACAUUUGAAGAGAUUUAGACUCAUAUACAAUUUAAUUGUAGUAUUUUAAUUGUUCUUCCAAUUGGAAGUUUUUUUUUCCCCA